AUGCUGCUGCGGCUCCUGUCGCUUCACAGCGCCUUUGGCUUCUUUGUUCCCUUGGACUCUGGUAGCAUCCAGGCGCUGUUUGGUCGCUUCUUUCUGUUGGACCCACCCAGCGCUGUGUGCCCUGGGGAUGACGAUGGCUCCUGGCAUCCCUUCUGCGCUUUCGGUCUCAGUGAGGUGGUGGAAUGUGAGUACAAUGGCUAUCAAUACUCUAUGGAGUGGUACUUUAUGGAGAUGCUGCGCAACGGUCCUCAAUAUCUCGCCCGCUCGCCGGAGGAGGCGGAGUUUAUCUACUUUCCACACUGUGUCUCACAGCUCUACUUCGCCCUGAGAGAAAACUACAACUACACGCACUGGCAGGCCAUUGAGCGUGCAGAGCUGGGCUAUUUGGUUCCCAUCCUUCGCUGGGCACAUCGAUCUCCGGUGCAUCAGAAGUACCAGGGCCGAAACUUUUGGACGGUCUUCAGCAUGGAUUUGGGCAGACAAGACUUCCCUCGCUCAGCCGUUUGGUUGGAGAAUUGGAGCGUCGGGUCCCUGACCGGGAGUGCAACCUGGAUGCAGGACGCCAAGAUUUUCUUCACAGAACCUGAUGGCCCUGACUGUUGGAAGCUGGACACUGAACCGGUGGCCGUGGCGAAUCACAUGUUCCCGGCCAGAAACUUCCGGGUCCAAGACUCGGUGAUUUCCAUCCCCUCGCGCUUUUCCCCUCAUCCGCGUUCCAGGAGAUUCGGAGGGCGCCCCGUAGUGGCGUUCUUCGCGGGUUCGCCCAACAGUUGUGCCAGGGAGAGGAUCGUGAAGGUGCUCGCCAACGAGCCAGGCUUCGAUGUCUCUACAUCCUUCGCAACUAGCAGCGAAGACUACAGUGAACGGAUGUGGCGAGCCCGCUUUUGCUUUGUUUUGCGAGGUUCAUCCCAUACCAACAACGUGCGCCUCUAUGACGUCAUGGCGCAUGGAUGUGUUCCGAUCAUCGUCUCGGAUGACUUCCAGCCACCUUUGGAUCGGCUUCUGCCAUGGAAGGAUAUGGCGAUCUUCUUGCCCACCUCGAGCAUCCCAAGGUUGGCUCAUAUUCUGCGACAUGAAAUCACGGAAGCGCAUCGCUGGAGAUACUUUCGAAACAUCGCACUGGGAAGUCCCCAAGGUGCUAAGGGCUUCCCAGAGGAUUUGGAGCAAUCGCAGCAGAUGGCGAACUCUCUUGGCCUUGACAGGGAAACUCUGUGGAGCGGACUUUCCGCCAGCCGCGUCUUCGACUGGCACGACAGUCAUUUUUGGCUUCUCUUCUAUGCCGAUGUCGCUGCGAAGCUGCGAGAGCGGAUGCUGAUGCUGGAGGCUGCGAAGCCGAGCGCUGUGCCACCGGCGCAGGCACAGAGAUGGAUGCUCGUUGCAGUUCGAUGGCUACUGGACCUAGAACGUCGGAGAGAAAACCGUGCAGCCUUGGUCGUGGAGUGUGGCAAUUCAGAUGCUGACGCCAGAUCGAUCUUCGGAGAGGAGCUCGCCAAUCCACCGAGGCAAAGCUGCAACAUGUCAGAGACAUCGUCGACCAAUCUGGUGUUGAAGGUGAGCUCGCGCUGCGAGGCGGAGAUUUGGCAGCUUCUGCUACAAACAUCGCCACGGAUCUUGUGGCUGGACUUCGGAAGCCCUAGAGAUCUGUGCCGGGACCUGGCCUUGGCCGGGUGGCUCUGCUUCUCUGAGGUGACUCUACAGCCCCUCUUCGAACCCUUCGAUGGUCCCCGCGGCUCCGGCGCGGUCGGCUCCGGCGGCGCAGUGUGUGGCCAGGAGGCCGAUCCCGAGUUCCAGAAAGUCACCGAUUUGUUCUCGCGGCAGCUCCGUCCCACGUGGCAGCGCUGGGGCGCGCAGUUCACCUUUUGGGCCUUUCCAGCGAACACGCGCGGCCGAUUCCUUCACCGCUGA